GUCCAAGAGUCCGAAAUUAUGCACUUUUCAGUUUUCAUAUGCAAAACACACAUUUUCACAGUAAGAAAAAUCCAGGGAUUAUUCGGAGAAACACAAACAAACUCAAAAACCCUUCAAAAACCCUCGUUUUUCUCCAACGAUGAGCAGAGCAAAGUUACUCCGGUUUUCUGUGAGACUUGCCAACUCGCUCUCCUCAACUCGGCAACCAGGUUUCCAGUUGCUCCGGUUGAAUCAGGUGACUCAUUUUUCUUACUUCACUCAAUCUCCUAGAAUACCACAUUCUUACUGUAUUUCUCUCAAUUCCCAUCAAAAUGUAUACUUUUCCUCGAAAUCAGAGUCUUUUAUUGAGCUAAUUUUGUCAAAUGAUGAUUGGUCUGAAGAAAUUGAGAAUGAAUUGGAAAAAAUGAACCCUAAAUUGACCCAUGAGUCUGUAGUUUAUGUUUUGAAGAAAUUGAAUGGAAACCCACAAAAAUCUCUGGAUUUUUUCAAAUGGGUACGUGAUGACAAAAAGUUUGAGCUAAGUUAUAUGCCUUAUAGUGUUUUGAUUAAGUCUUUGGCGAGUAAUAAAGAUUUUAUUAAGGAGUUAUGGGCUGUUUCUUCAGAAAUGAAAGGAAAAGGAUUUCGCAUUGAUAUACAGAUGUGUGGUGUUAUUAAUUUAAUUCUAAAACGUCAAAAAUUGGACGAGGAGGCAGCAGAAUGGAUCAAAAUAUGUGGGUCAAUGAGCGAAAAUACUGAAAUUGGUGUUGUUAAGGAUGUAGUUAAGGUGAUCAUGGGAUCUGACUGGGAUGAGAAAGUUGAGAGCGAGCUGAAGAAGCUUAAAGUUCCGUUAGCGCAGGAGGUUUUGUAUAGUGUUAUUCGGAAGUUGAGGGAUGAACCGUCGAGAGCUUUGAAAUUUUUUGAAUGGGUUAGGAGUGUCCGGAAAUAUGAGCAUAAUAGUGUGACAUAUAGUGGGAUGGCUUGGGUUUUAGCUCGACGUGGAAUGAUAGGCGAGUUCUGGGACCUGGUGACGCGAAUGAGAAGUGAAGGGUAUGAGAUUGAUUCAUAUACAAAGAUUUCAAGGUUUCUUAGGAAUGAAGAUGCUGUUAAGCUGUUUGAAUUUAUGUUGGAUAGUCCAUACAAGCCCUCGGAGCAAGAUUGUACCUGGCUUUUGAAGAAACUUGCCCAUGAUUGUUCACCAGAUAUCAGUUUGGUUACUCAGGUUGCGAACAAGUAUCUGGAAGUGGGAAGCACCCAUGCUAAAGCUAUAUAUGACUGUAUCCAUAGGUCUUUGUGUAAAGUUGGGAGAUUUGAUGAAGCGAAGAAGAUUGUGGAGGACAUGAGGAAUGCUGGCUACAAGCCUGACAACAUUACUUACAGCCAAGAAGUGUUUGGCCUCUGUAAAAUAGGAAGGUGUGAAGAUGCCUAUCUGGUGUUAGACCAAAUGGAAGCCGAGGGAUGUGUUCCUGAUAUAAUGACUUGGACCAUUUUGAUUCAAGGGUAUUGUGUAGCUGGUCAAGUGGAUCUAGCCUUGUUACGCUUUGCCUGUAUGCGGGAUAAAGGACUUACACCUGAUGCUGAUGUAUUGGAGGUCUUGAUAAAUGGUUUCCUCUCUCAGAAUAAAUUGCUUGGUGCCUAUAAAUUACUUGUUGAGAUAGUUGACAAGGAUGGUGUAAAACCUUGGCAGGCUACAUACAAACUUAUGAUUGAGAAGCUAUUGCAGGAUGGCAAACUUGAAGAAGCAUCUAAGCUUCAGAGAAUGAUGAAGGAGCAUGAUUAUCCACCUUAUCCUGAACCAUUUGUUAAAUAUAUAUCCAGAUCUGGAACUGUGGCGAAUGCCAAGGAGUUCUUAAGAGGGUUGUCGACGAAGGAUGUGAUCUCUACUGAAGCUUAUGUACAUGUUAUUACAUCUUUCUUUGAAGAAGGUAGACAUUCCGAGGCUAAGGAUUUGCUUUAUGGUAGCCCUCAUCGUGUUCGCAAUCAGAAGAAAAUUAAAAAGAUGUUUGGCUCAGAGCAAAACUCCUAAAUGACAUAUGCCAUGCCAAUGUAGACAAUUGUUCUUUGUUUAGAAUGAACGAAUGCCCUCAUUUUUUCAAUUAUCAAUGAAAUUUCACCUUGGAAUUCAAAUU